GAUGGAUCUAGAGCGCAUUGAAAUAUGCCAAGAAGACGGAAUGGGGAGAUACCGCUUCCGGAAGGGUGGGACGUCGCCCAGGACUUCGACGGGAAGGUGUACUUCAUCGAUCACAACACUCGGAAAACUACGUGGAUCGACCCCCGGGACAGGUUUACUAAGCCCCAGACGUUUGCGGAUUGUAUCGGGAACGAGCUACCACUUGGUUGGGAGGAAGCCUACGAUAAACACGUGGGCGCCUACUACAUCAAUCAUGUCAAUCAGACGACACAGCUGGAAGAUCCAAGGCAAGAAUGGCGAGCCAUUCAGGAGGCCAUGCUUCGAGAAUAUCUGCAGACCGCACAGGACGUAUUGGAGGCAAAGAAGGAGAUUUACGACAUAAAACAGCAGAGGCUUUGUCUGGCGCAGGAUGAGUACAAUCACCUCAAUAACGCCUUGUCUACCCUUGGCGCAUCGCGCACAAGUUUGUGUUCCAGCUCGAGUUCCUUGAGUACCAAAUACGACCCCGAUCUGCUUAAAUCCGACGUGGCGCUCGCCAGGAGCAGGGUCUCCCGGUUGAAGCGAGAGCUCGAGCAGAUCCGCGCGGAGAUGAACUGCACGCAGCGAGGAGUGGAUACUCUCACCAGCGUGGAGCAGAAACUGAGCGGCCACCACAGCGGUUGCUACAACAUCACGGAAGCGCAGGCGAUCAUGACCGAGCUGCGUAACAUCCAGAAGUCCCUGAGCUCCGGCGAGAAGGAGAAAGCCGAGCUGAUGCAGUCGCUGGCGCAGCUUAAGGACGAGCUGACGAGGCUGCAAUUCUGCGAGGGCAGCCCGGAGGCCAGCACGCUCAGUUUGCCGCAGGAGAAACUCAGCACGGCCUCGCAGACCGACCUGUCGGGCGAGCUCGUGCCGAUCGGCACUCGACUCGCCGAGAUGGCGCGCAUGAGGCUGCAAUACGACGAGGCGAGGAAGAGGAUUCAGCACAUACAGCAGCAGCUGGCGGACCUCGAGGAGAAGGUGAUGCCGGGCCAAACGGAGAGCGACAAGGACAAGCUGCUGCUGUUCCAGGAGAAGGAGCAGCUGCUGCGGGAACUGCGCAGCAUCACGCCGCGCACGAGGACGCAGCAGGACAUGAAGAGGAUCCAGUGCGAGAUCCGCAGGCUCGAGCAGGACCUCAACAACGCGUUCGAGCUGUCGAACAAGACCAUCACCGACCGCGUGCGGCUGCACGAAGAGAAGCAGGUCCUGCUGCAGCAGCUCAGGGACGCGCUGCGCUCGAUGGCGCUGCUGGAGGGCCAGCUGAAGACAUUGAGCGCCAGCACGCUCUCGGUCAGCAGCAGUUCCAGCCUCGGCAGCCUCAGCACCACCAGCAGCAAGGGCUCCCUCAGCUCCGGGCUGAGUUUCACGGACAUCUACGGCGGGCCGCAGUGCCUGGGCACGAGCGGCUCGCAGCAGGAGCGACCGGUCGACAUGGUGGACCUGCACAGACGAGUGGAGAGACUGCUGCGGGGUUCCGACCAACAGAACAAUCUGAUCGGCACACCGUCGCCCGGCAGAUCCCAGCCGAGUCUCUCGCCGCGCUCGAGUCUGUCCAGCGUGAGCCCGCCGGUGUCGCCGUUGUACGAGAACGCGCCGUUAGGCCCGCCGCCGACGUACGAGCAGGUCGAACUGCAGAGGCGGCACUACCAGAAGGUGACGCCCGCGGCGAUGAGCGCCGCCCAGCACCUCGAUGGAAGCCAGCUGGAGGACCGUUUGACGGAGCUCAGACUCAGUCAGCAGCAGCAGCAAGGAGUCGUGCCUCAGGAGCAGGCCUCGUGCUCCUCCAACAGCUCGCAGGAGCGUCUGAAACUCGUGGUCGGUCCUCACCCGCCCGUCGAGCUGCAGUCGAACAACAUGUCCCAGGGCAGCGGCCUCGGCAGGCCCGGCAUGCCACCGGCGUCGUUGCCCCAGCAGCAGGAGCCGCCGCCCUUGUCGCCCAUCAGCGAGACGCCGCCACCCACCGGGAUCAGGUCGAGGGCCAGCAGUUCCGGCACCAACACCAGGUCCGUCUCCGCCGCGGUGUCCGACGAGAGCGUGGCCGGCGACUCGGGCGUCUUCGAGGCGUCCAAUCGCAAAAGACUGUCCAUCUGCGACGUGGAUCCCUUGGCGUCCGGCGAGAUGAGCCUGGAAACGGCUCAGGUGCAGAUCAAGCUGAGGUAUUCAGUGAGCGACGGACUGCUUCACGUGGGCAUCGAGCGUGCGAGGAAUCUGGCCGCGCUUUUCAUACCCAAUAACGCGGAAGUAUACAUCAAAGCCGCAUUGCUACCGAUGCAACUGCCCGUCAAUCACAUGUGUUGCACGAAGCCGGUGGUGGACUUACGAAAACCGACCUUCGGCGAGACGUUUCCAAUCGCCGUGCCGCUCAAUAAACUGUACACGAAGACGCUGCAAGUGAAUGUCUGGUGUACAAGCAACGAAUCUGAGGAAUGCUUGGGUUCUGCGCAAGUCUCGUUGGCAGACUUCAGCCCAGAAUCUCCUAGCGUCAAAUGGUACAACAUACUCUCCUUCCGUUUCAUGCAACCGUCUGACAGUCCUAGCACUAGCAGCAGCAACAACAAUAACAACAACAACAACAACAACAACAUCAACGUGUCGACGAGCGUCAGGUCGCAAGCCAAGCACGACAAGCAGGAGUCAGAUAUCUCGGUGUAUAGGAACACGCAAAACGCGAAGGAGGAGAGCAGCGACGAGAGCACGAUCAUCAGUUCUCAGACGUCCACCUUGACGAGAAAUCAAGGGUGCGACGAAUUGCAGACCGCCGUGUCGCUGAGAUUGGAAGAGCUGGCCAAUUGUCUGGGCAGCCCAGAGGAGGAGGACGAGGGCGGAGGCAGCGGUAGCGGAAGCGGGAGCGGGGACAGCAACAACGAGGAAGACAUACCCGUGGACUUCAUGACGGAUGACAACGUCCUGGAAGACGUUUUGGAGCACGAGGAGGACGAGGAGUUGAACGACGAAACGAGGCAGACGGAGGACAAGGAAACGAACACCGAGUGCGUGUUCAUUCCGGAGCAGGGCAAGCAGAGGAAACUGUCCGCGGCCGGCGUCGCGCCCGGCGCCGUUCACGACGACAAGAACUCCAUUGUGAUCAAGAGGAGUCAGACGUUCUCGCCGAGCGCGGCCGUCAGUAAAAAUCACUAUAUUUGUCGGCUUAAUCGCAGCGACAGCGACAGCAGCAUGCCCCUUUAUCGCAAGGGCGGGCCUUUCCAACGGAACUCGGUGGAGAGACGUUCGCUGCGAUGGCGCCGGCCGUCCUCUGCCCUCAGCUGCAAAACCACCUCGAAGAAAUCGUCUCAUCUACCGCCCACAGCGAGGACAUCGUUGGACCUCGAAUUAGAUCUCCAGGCGCAACAUGCCAAACUGAAUAAUCUCCAGGACGAGCUGAUGAGGUUACGGGAACUGAAGCAACGGUUGGAGCAAGCGCGCGAGAAGGGCGAUGCCGAUCUGGCGACUUGGCUGUUGGAGGACCACAAGUUCCAAAGUCUCAUGGCGCAGGCUGAGAGCGGCAAGAACGGCAGGAGCGCCGAAGAGAAGAAAGUGGAUAAGAUGCUGAAGAAAACGUCCAAGGAGAUCUACAAGCUGAGGAAAACGAAGGUUGCGAAGGGAAAGCCCGAUAUAAUCUCCUUCAAGGAGAAAAUGGCCUUCUUCACGCGCGUGAAUUCGAACGUUCCUGUUCUGCCGCCCGAGGACUUCGGGCCGGACGGCAGUAUGUAUCCCACGACGGCACAGGCGCACAUGCACAGGAGGUACGCGUCGGAACCGGUCACUACUACCGCUCACAAUAGUUACGCUGGGAACUCGACGGCGCGGCCGAACAGCGUUCCCAGCGGCAGUCCCGCGUCGUCCUCGAAGAGUGUCACGAUGGACCGGAACCCGAGCGGUAUCGUCGUAUCGACGAACGCCGACGAGGACGUCUCGGCCGUCCACAACGCCACUGGCAAGUCUGUGUCCGCCAAGGGUCGACCGGCGACGACGGAGUCGAACGCCCCGAGUACGGAGAACGGCGAGGACGAGAGCGUCAAGUCCAUCGAGAAGAACAACGGUAACGGGGAGCCAAAGAGGUACGAGUACGUUGUCGAUCGGGUUUUGGGCGUGGAGGUGUGAGAACCGGAAGGGGAAGGAGGAUCGUCGAGUGGAAGUCGAUGGCUCGAAUCCGAGACUCGCGCGAACCCUGCGACGUCGGUAAACCACCGAGGAAAGAAACGGUCUCUUUCUCUCUCAGGCCGGCUCGAAGCCGGGAUGCACGCGAGAAGGAGGAACCGGUGUGCGAGAUCGCAGCGCGAUGUGGAACCAGCGGCUUCCUAAUUCUCAGUAUCAGGUGCCAUGGAUACGGAUUCUCACUUAGCACAUUUUUAUACCCUUCCUCCACCGAACGCGAUCGUUGCUUUAUUUGCGGCGCGUCUGUGCCAAUGCUGCGUGCUAUAGAAGCGGUCCUUCCACGGGCGUGACGUAUAGCGAGGCGAUGCGAGCGCAUUGUGUGUGUGUGUGUGUGUGUGUAUGUGUGUGUAUAUACAAUACGUUAUUGUGUGUUUAUAUAUAAUGUGUAUAUAUGUACGCAUGCAAUAACGCGAAUUAUUUAAAAAGGAAAACAGUGCACUACUCUCCAAUAUAGGUUAUUUAAUUUCUCAUUUUUUUUUCUCUCUUCAACCCGACUCGUCACGGGUUUCUGUUUCGCGAUUGCGCGAUUGUGCGCGCGAGAUUAUUGCGACUAUCGAGAGAUUAUCGUCGUUUCGUUUCCUCUGCGUGUGCGUCGGAGCACAUAAUGACCCCACCGAGCAGCUGGUCUGCAACUCGAAAAUUUAAUGAAAAGUGGUGAAUGGGGGAGGGGGGGGGGGAAGUUGCGCCGAAUUGAAGAGCUCAUUUCCAGAUCGAAAUCUAUAUUUUUUAUAAAAUUAUUUGCGUCUUGUGAAGCUUUUUUUUUUUCAAUGUGGACAUCUACUCGGCGACUUAUUAACGGAGUCUCCUCCGUCAUCUUUUAAGAAUAAAAGAUUUUGGGAAUAAGCGCUUCAAUUUCGUUCAGACCUGGGCGAUAUUGUCGUCUUAUUGAGUCGAGUAGAUAAAUAGCUUUAUCGCGUCUCGUCGUUUCUGCUGUAAAUUUAUUUCGGUACAAAUUAUUUUGCUGCAAAGUCUAUUUUCUAAUAUUUGCCGUUAUUACGGAUUUGUUCUGAUUUAAUAGUCAGUUUAUCAAUUUCUUCCCGGCUACAUAUGCAGGAAAAGAUAAACAUACACAUUAUCUAUCGAUGUCUAUAUCUAUAUUACAUUAUUCAUGUGAUGACCGUUCGUAAAAAGCUAUUUAUGACUCGUUCGGUAUAACGCAUUUGUUUGUUUCUUUUUUUGGCUCUGAACUCCUCAAGAAUGCAGCACAUCCAUGCGUUUUACAAGUGUCCUUCAUAUUUCGCAUCGAUUUCGGCGACGCGAAUCGUUCAACAUAACGUGCCUUAUUAUUGAUGAAUUCAUCGCGUGGAAGAAACGCCGCAAGUACGUAGGAUAUCAUGUGUAUAUUGGAGGUACACUGAUAUAUUGACACUUGCGUGUUGAAACAAUGGGGAUACUUUGUCAACCGUCGAGGGGGGUGGUUUUGUGACAAAAGUAGUAAAAUAUGACGUUUCUCGUAAGAAAAUGUGAUUCUAAAUUACCGACGGUAAUAUUUAUAUUGGGCUAUAAAUUCUAUCUAACGAGAACAUAUUGUUUUAUACACAAAUUGUCAAACUACUUAAAAUUAUUUCCGAGUAUUCAAUUAAAAUAGCGAUGUAGAUUUCUAACUACUUUUCUCACUACUUUCAUACUCAAAAGAUGAAACAAGAAGACUUCCUCGUCGGUUGUACACGCUGUGCCUUGCGUACCUUACUAUUAUAAUUACUUAAACGAUUUUCGACAUUAUGCGCAUAUUUAUAUGGCUGAAAAUCGUACGAGUAACUCUGAUUAUAAUGAUAAGGCGUGCAUGACGCAAUGAAUGUUCGUUUGCAGAGCGGUUUGAACAUUUUUGUUCGAUGUGUUACGUAAAAUGAGAACUUAUCAUAUGCCUCGAUAGAAGAAUCGCCGAAGCAUUGAUUGCGCUAUGAUGAUUCGCCAUAUUGCGCUGCUUUGUUGAAACAUUACUUAAAAAUUGAUUGCGUAGUAUUUUAUCAGUAUUUAAUAAACCAAAAAAAUCAGUAUUUUCACCCCCUUUUUUUUAAUAUACUCACAUAAUUACAGCAUUACAAAUUCCAUGCGAGAUUCCGUCAUACAAUUUCGUAAAUAUUUUUCUAUUAUCCUAAGAAUUACUUAAAAAAAAAAGCUCCUAUCGAGUGUCGGCUGUAUUCUGAAUUGCGUCGAGGAAAACGUGUUUUCGUUCUGCAAACAAAUUCUAUUAUCACGAUUCUCCGAAAACCCUUCGGCAUCGUGCCGUACAUCGCAAUUCUCUGAUGUACACAAGACACGUGUAACGAAGCGUUUUGGCGAAAGCGCAACAACAAACAACCCGAAAAUACUCAUCGCCAUUUCCCAUAAGUAAGCGACGACGACGUUGUGACAUGAUAAUACAAAGUAAUCACAGCUGUUUUUUUUUUUUUUUAAGUUCAAGGUGCGGGCGCACCUUUGAUGCUAAUGUAACACGGUGGAGAAAUUACUCCUUUCUAAAGAUAGAUUGUCUUGGUUGUAGUCUCGGUGAAUUACUAUUCCAUUAGAAUGUUGUUUCUUCGGUUUUCCCCUCUCUCAUUAAUGCAACUCGAUGAAAAAGAGAACAGGAUUUAGAUUGACCAUGGCUGGUACUGAUUAGUCUCGUUUGCUGUGCAAUUGACCUUAAAAAGUGAAUCCUGAAGGUGUUGUUCCGCUCGAGAAACAGAUCGUUCGUUGACCGCGACAGGUAAAAAAAUAUAAAUCAUGUCCAACUCGUCGGAAAAAGAGAAAGAUAAGAUUUCGAGAAUUAAGAUCGACAUCGUCUUUAACACUGGAACGGCCGUCAUCUUAUUGACGGUUCUUUUAAACAAACCAUUUUUCGGGCGGUCAAAGAUCUAACGAUUAAAAGCUUUAUUAUCAAUUAAAAGCUUUAUUAUCAAUGCACCCUAACCAAAUUUGAUGAUGCCUAUAUGGUGUGAGAGGCGGACGGGGGUUUAUUGCUUGAUUUGGAAUAUGAAUUUUCUAUUUAUUUAUUUAUUUAUUUUUUUAUUGCGUUUUUAUAUCCGAAGUGAGCUCGGCCGUUCUAAUGUUAAUAUAAUAAAGAAAAGAAAUGUUAAGAUCGUUAUUAGUGUCGCUGAUAACUUCAUAAGAGGUAUCACCAAGAUAACGGAUGCCAUAUUAUGUGUAUAUCGAGGAGUAAACGGUAAAUUUUUAAAGUUGGGGAAGGUGGGGGUUAGCGAAAAAAAUAUUGAAAAGAUUUGUACAUACUUUUGUACAUACGCAUCUCAACGAAUAUAUAUUUACGCGUUUAUAUAUAAUUAUAUAAGUAAUACAAAGAAUGAGCUCAUUCUUCGUAUUAUUUACAGAUGUAUUUUUAUCGGUGAAACGUGCGUUCGAUUUUACAGAGCGUCUCGUAAACCUGCAUCGUUCGUAGAACGAUUACAAAGUUGAAGAGCGAAGAAAUAAGUAUAUUGCGUGUGUGUGUGUGUCGCGCGCGCGCGUGCGACUGAGUAUGUGUGUAAGCCGAUAUCAAUAUAUGUAAUUGUUUUCUCACCCAAGUGCCGGAUCUAUUACGCUCAUGUAUUUAAUUAAUGUUACAAAAUAUUGUAUUAUUUACUACCGCAUAGCGCCUUUCUGUAUCAAAGUAGGUAUAUAAUGAUAACAUCGAUAACGGGGAUGGCGUUUAAUAGUACCGCUAAGAAAUGCUAGACGAUAAACGAUAAUUUCGUAAAAAGACGUAUUUCACGCAAAAAAAAAACAUACACGUAUACACACCAUUACACGAGACACGCAGGCCCCACAGGUACAACUACAAUCACAGUUUGAUUUGUAAGUAACGGUUCGUAUGGUAACGAUUAAAAGGACAAAAUAUAAUAUCCUCUUGCCACGUUCGUUUGUGUGUGCUAUACGUUCCCCUCUACUACUAUAAUAAGAAUUCUGAACGAAGUGAUUUUAAAUAACAUCAGUUUUAUCAACAUCGAAAUUUCCAAACGAAAAAGUCGCGCUAGCAUGCACACAAGUUUCUCGGAUUUAUCGGAGUUACAGUAAGAAAAGCAUGAAAGAAUUAAUUCUUGAAUUAUAAUAAGAUACAACAGGAUGUGAAUCAAAUAAAAUUGCUCUUAUGUCGUAAGCAAUA